AUGUCUCUCGAGGGUCUAGAGAAGCGCUUCACAGACCUACAAGAUCGUCUUACGGUCUUGCAAGAUGCGACGAAUCAGCUCAAGGACUUGAUCGAGCGCCUUGCCAACUUCAACUUCCAGCCGGGAUCAGUCCCACUGGGCGCUAGCGAGGACGACAAUGUCGGCACAGAGCUGAGCAGCGAGAUCAACCAAAUCUUGCGCGAGCAAGAGGAGGAACUUGAGCUAUUGCACGAGGAGAUCAUCGACAUCAGGCUUGGCAAAUCUGGCAGCGAAGUGCAGCACGACAAGGACCGCCUCAAGGAUGGCGCGCAAAGACUGGAGCAGGAAUUGGCGAGUUGUCGAAAGUCUUUCCGAAAAGCCCAAAUAUCGGCGAAGCGCAACCUCCAACUUGCCCAGCGACAGGAGCGAGAGCUUCUCUACGCCUCUUUCGCCAGUCCACGGUCUGGCGCUUCUUCCCCAAUACCCGCAGCGCCUCUGCAGCGACGGAAACAGCAGGUCCACCACGAGAUGUCAAAGGAAGAGCAGAUGAUCAGCGCUGGCAACGAUGUGACGCAGUCGAUGAGGAGGACACAUGAAAUGAUGUCGACUGAGCUGGCCAAGAGCGACUACGCACACAACGCACUGAAAGACUCUACGGCGGCUCUCGCGCAGCUAUCUGACAACUAUUCGAAUCUCGACACGAUGCUCUCCAACUCCAAAUCUCUCGUGACCACGUUAUUCAAGAGCCAGAAAAGCGACACCUGGUAUCUGCGGUCUGCCUUCUACCUCCUGGUUGUCACCAUAGCCUGGCUUGCCUGGAGACGCCUUCUCUGGGGUCCGACGUGGUGGAUGGUAUGGCUUCCACUGAAGCUUCUUUUCCGGAGCGCUGUUGGGAUAUCCAAUGCAGUUGGGCUGAGUGGUCCACGAGGAAACCCCGAGUCGAGCUCUGCUUUAGACCAGUCGGGGCUACAUCAAGUUCAAAUGAACAACGAAGGCGUUCCUACGAUUCAAGUUGGAGAUCAACCACCGGUGCAAUCUCAGGGAUCCAAGGAUGAGGACUCUAUGGUGGAGCAGGUCGGCAAGGUCAUUGACGCGUUUAACAGCGAUAACCCUUUACACGAAGACCAGGCAGUUCUAGAGUCGGAUGCCAAGGAGAAGGAUACAGUGCUGAGAGAGCGAAACGCCGAGGAACUGCCCAACCCGAAGAAGAGAAUGAUGGAAGAGGAACCUGGUGGCACCCGUCCAGAAAGCGAUCAAAGAGUCAGGGAUGAGCUGUAG